CUUUCUCCAUAAGUCGUUUUCUCUUCAUUUCAUCUCUUCAUUGCCUCCUCUGAAUAAGAAAUUCCUUUUCUUUGUACUCUGUCUCGUUCAAAGAUUCAAUCUUUUUUCUUGAUCUUUCAACAAUGACUUCCUUUGAAAAAGCCAUUCUUGUGACUGGAGGGGCUGGGUUCAUUGGUUCCCACACUGUGGUUCAGCUUCUCAAUGAGGGUUUUAGGGUCUCUAUCAUUGACAAUCUUGACAAUUCGGUCAUGGAAGUUGUUGAUCGGGUGAAGGAGUUGGUGGGUCCUGAACGUGCCCAGAAGCUUGAAUUCCAUCUGGGAGAUCUUAGAAAUAAAGAGGACAUAGAAAAGCUGUUUAAUCAAACCAAAUUUGAUGCUGUAAUCCAUUUUGCUGGCCUCAAGGCUGUUGGGGAGAGCGUCGCAAAUCCACGGCGUUAUUUCGACUUCAAUUUGGUUGGUGCCAUCAAUCUUUAUGAGGUCAUGGCAAAAUAUGACUGUAGAAAGAUGGUUUUUUCAUCUUCCGCAACGGUGUAUGGUCAACCUGAAAAAAUACCAUGUGUUGAAGAUUUUGAGAUGAAAGCUAUGAAUCCUUAUGGACGGACCAAGAGGAUUGUUUAUGUAUUUUAUCAGGUCUUUAUUGAAGCAAUUUCUCGAGACAUUCAAAAGGCAGAACCAGAUUGGAGAAUUAUAUUACUGCGGUACUUCAAUCCCGUUGGGGCACACGAGAGUGGCAGAAUCGGUGAAGAUCCUAAGGGCAUCCCAAACAAUCUCAUGCCGUACAUACAACAAGUUGCUGUUGGAAGAUUGCCCGAACUGAAUGUAUAUGGCCAUGAUUAUCUCACAAAGGAUGGUAGUGCGGUUCGGGAUUACAUCCAUGUUAUGGACCUAGCAGAUGGUCACAUUGCAGCGCUCCAGAAGCUUAUGACAACAGAGGAUAUAGGUUGUACUGCAUACAACUUGGGAACCGGGUGUGGCACAUCUGUGCUUGAGAUGGUUUCAGCGUUUGAGCGAGCUUCCGGGAAGAAAAUCCCUAUCAAACUAUGUCCAAGAAGGCCUGGAGAUGCUACAGCUGUUUAUGCAUCUACAGAGAAAGCUGAUAAAGAACUUGGUUGGAAGGCCAAAUAUGGUAUCGAAGAGAUGUGCCGGGACCAAUGGAACUGGGCAAGCAAAAAUCCGUGGGGAUACCAGUCGAAGAAGCCGGAGUGAUCAGUGAUCAGUGAUCCACAAUGAUCAUAAGAUUGCCCGUAAAAUGCAGAAUACGUGAAGUGUUGUGGGAUUAGUCACAGGAACCCAGAAUCUGAACCAAUUAGUUCCUGUCAUUGAAUUAAAGUGAGAAUGUAAAGCAAUUUUUAUGAGUAGUGACAUGCACUAUUCUAUUUUGCUGGGCUGGGCUAGGCUAGCUCCUUUUGUGGUAUCUAGGGUUUGGGUCCUAAUUGGGCCGAGGCUAACGGGCUCUUUCAUCAUCUAAAAGCACGUCUACUCGUCUAGUACAUCCUUUGAUCAAUGAAUGAUAGCGACUAGGGCUGCGCAAAUGGGACUGCACAUAGGACUGAAAUUGCAAACCGAACCGGUCGGUCCGGUUUGGUUUGGUUAGUUGACUGUAUUUUGAUCAAAUGGUUUGAAUAACGGAACCAAACUGUAGUUAUUGGACCGGUUCUUGGUUACAUAUUUUUGAAAA